AUGAGAAUACAUUGUUUUUCUUUCUUUUUAUUAUAUUUCUUAUUUGUGAAUAAUGUUAAUUGUCUAUUAAAAAAAGUGUUACAUCACUUUUAUUGUAACAAUGAAAAUUGUUACGAUAUUUUAGGCGUUAACGAAAAGGCUAGCUUGGACGAAAUAAAAUUUUCGUAUUUCAGGCUUUUGAAGAAAGUUGAAAAAAAUCAUGAUGGAGAAAAGAAAAAAAGAAUUGUGAAAGCUUUCAACAUAUUAGUAAAUAAAAGUACAAGAAAAUAUUAUGAUUAUUAUUUAAAAUAUCCAAAUAGUUUUUUGAAUUUAGUAUAUUUGAAUAUGUAUAUAUUUUAUAAAUUAUUUAAAAUUAUUUGUAUAAUAUUAUUAAUUGGAUUAUUGUUAUGUGUAUUUCAAUAUAUACAUAAUAAAUAUGAAUUAAAAAGAGUAAUACAGAAAUCAUCAAAAAAUAAAGCUUUUAAAAAAGAGGUACAGAAUAGGAUAUCUAGUCAACAUCCUGGAUUUAUGAAUUAUGAUAUAAAGAAGAAAAAGAAAAUAGAAGAACAAAUUGAAGAAGAGGUAGUACAAGAAAUAGUUAUGAUUAAUAAUCAGAAGACUAAAAAAUUAUUACUAGCUGAUUUAAUCAUUGUAAAACUUUUAUUUUUGCCUAAACAAUUAUGGUUUUAUAUUAUAUGGAAUAUAAAAUGGGUUAUUAAAUAUAAUAUAUUAAAUGAAGAUUAUGAUGAACAUGAUAAGAUAUAUAUUACCAGAAAAUAUAUGAACAUAUCAAUGGAUAGAUGGAAUACAUUAAAUCCAGAAGAGAAAAAAAAUUAUUUAAAAAAAGAAUUGUGGAUGAAAACAAAACAGGAAGAAUUUCUUCAAGAAAUAAAGGAAAGGGAUAGAUUGAAUAAAAUAUCGAGUGCUAAAUAUAAAAAACAAAUAAGAAUGAAGAAAAAGGGUUUAAGUUUUAAUUACAACGAUUAG